AUGGCAACUGGGCUAGUAUUUGCAACUUUGGCGUGGAAAAAAGGGAUGGAUUGGCCGUUAUACUUAGCGUACUCCAUCAUUCUCUCUAGCAUGAUUAGAGAGUGCUUAUGGUCGAGUGGUUCCUGGAGUGUGGAUCAGAAAUAUUUCAUUCCCUGGCCCUUAAUAUCAAUCACGGCUAUUACAGGAAUGCUGUUUAUCGUCGGCAAUUUGCUGGAGACUCGGUAUACGCUUUUUAAGCACAUUCCUGCUGCAUCGGCUGUUGCUUUCCGGUUCUGGAUGGUGCUGGAAUGGGUGAUUGUUAUUUCAGGCUCCUCGACAUCCUUGACUCUCUUCAAAAUGCGUCUGAUGCUUGGUGUUUUGGCAUGGAUGGUGGCCACUACUGCUUUGACAAUGGAGUCACAGUUAGAGAGAGACUUGGUGCUCGCAAAUACCUAUGCAACUUACGACUUCCUGGCUCGUGCGACAUCACUGGUUGAUAGACUGCGUACUCAGAACCUAUUUGUCCGACUACGUUCAAUCUUCGUGUUUAAGUGGCCUUAUAUGGGAUUCAGGGGUAGACGGGCAUCACAAGCGUCGAGUGAAAUCCAACUGGGGGAGUUUGGUUUGGCGCGAACGAGAUGAGGACUAAGAGUGGCCAACUGGAG